ACGAUGCCAUAUUAAUGCCAGAAAUUCAGCCCCAUAUAAGGCUUAGGGUUUCAUUCAUUUGAUUUUAUGUGUAAACUUAGCAAGCGCGGCGAAAGUUAGCAACUGCAACAACAAUGGUUCUCAAGACAGAGCUUUGUCGCUUCAGUGGUGCCAAGAUAUACCCAGGGAAGGGUAUCAGAUUUAUCCGCUCAGACUCCCAGGUCUUCCUCUUUGCCAACUCAAAAUGCAAGAGGUAUUUCCACAACCGCCUGAGGCCUGCAAAGCUUACAUGGACUGCUGUGUACAGGAAACAACAUAAAAAGGAUAUAGCUGCGGAAACUGUGAAGAAGAGGCGUCGAACCACCAAGAAGCCUUACUCAAGGUCAAUAGUUGGUGCUACCUUGGAAGUGAUUCAAAAGAAGAGAGCUGAGAAGCCAGAAGUCAGAGAUGCUGCACGUGAAGCUGCUUUACGUGAGAUCAAGGAGAGAAACAAGAAAACAAAGGACGAGAAGAAGGCAAAGAAGGCAGAAUUGAUGUCCAAGACCAAGACUUCCAAGGGUAACGUGCCCAAGGGUGCUAUACCCAAGGGUCCAAAGCUCGGAGGCGGUGGUGGCAAAAGAUAAUUUGUUACUUGUCAACUUUUUAAUGAAUGAUAUUGCCCCCUUAUGAUGUUCUUUUCCAAUAUUAAUUUUUUUAAAGACAAUUUGUUGUCUAAAUUCUACUGUUCUAUGUUAAGUGAGCACUUAGCUUUUGAGACUUAUU